UUAAGGGUACUUUAUUCAAGCCAGUCUUAACCAAAUCAGUAAUAGCUCAUUACUUCACAACUCGCAUUGGUGAUAUUUCGGACCAGACAGGCAUAUUUUAAGACAAGCUGUAAGUGGCAGUGUGAGUGAUAAUUUCUAGACGGGUCUGUUAAUUAAAGUCAGAUAUUAUUUAAAUCUGCUGCAGUAGCCUACGUGCAAGGAUAACUUUUACAAUACACGCGGGGUUAUCUCAUAUGUUUAUUUUGGGAUUAAUGCAGUAGCUGGAUGUAAUUACAACACAGCGAAGGGGUCCUUAAUUGAGCAAGCAGGCAGUAGAUGGACAGGAGCAUAGCCAGGCAAAUGCCAGGCAUAAACGCGAACUGUAAACAACUAGUAGAGAUAGCUAGCUAGUUAGCACUAGCUGCUAGUCUUUAUUAAAAUAGAAACACGUUUUAUAAUCUUUUUUCGAGUGUGUGAUCUAUGUUGCACUGUGGAGCUUUAGUGUUUGUCGUUAGUAUUGUCCCUAGUGUAAAUUCAAUACAUGUAAGAGCCAGCCUGGCGGAAUGACUUCAACUAGCUAGCUUGAAACCAUAGCUGGCUAGAUGGGGAAGCUAGGUAUCCUGCUAGCAGUAACUUUAUGUUAUUAAAUUGUUAUGAAGUAGUCGGCUGUGCUCGUAGCCUUUAGAUGUUUUGGAAGCUGAUACAUUUCACUGCUUUUCGUUUAACGGUAAGAUUGGUUUCGUGGUGUAAUUGCGGUUAACGUUAUAACCAAAGGGUUCCUGUCCAGCUACGGUUCACUUGCUCGUUAGCUGGUAUCAGUUACGUUAACGCUAACGUUAGCUAACUCGCUAGGUGGCUACGUUUGUCGGUGUUUUGCAGCUGUGUUGAAGAAGCCUGCUUGUUAAAUAAUGGCAUACUCCUGCGAUGGUGUCAAAUAACAAUAAGAGGUUUAUUUCUUGUGUACAAUAAUCAUUAUCUAGCCAUAGAAGAGCAAACGUCGUGGCCAAUAAACGUAUUUUUCUAGCAGCUCCACAAUGACUUGUCUGGGUAGCUAACGUUAGCUUGAUCCUAUGCGAAUGGAUAGCAAAUAAAUGGGCGAAACAUGAAUACUAUGAGUGAAACAUUCAGUGGCGCUAGCUGUCAAAGAGAAAUGUCAUGAGGUAGAAGCUGUGGCUUUUACAACUUCGCGUUUUUCUCGUCAUUAGCCCCGUUUUAUACAUACCAAGCGUUGUGGUCAACGUUUUGUAUUAUUAACAUAAUGCCACGCAUCCACUCAGACCCCAGGUUUGACAACAGCAUCAUUAUCAUCUUUACAGAAGUGCAUCGGUGAAUAAGCAAAUUUCAGAUGUUUGUUUUAAGCUCUCCAAAAUGGGUGACAUGAAGACCCCAGACUUUGAUGACCUCUUGGCGGCUUUUGACAUCCCUGAUGCCACUGGUCUGGAUGCCAAAGAAGCCAUCCCGGAGAGUCACGAUGAGACAGAGAGUCACCUCAAGCACUCAGGGAUGUGCAUGGAUGACAAUGUCUCUCUUUCACACUCUGCAUGUGCAACUGACGUACCUGCUGUCAGUGUCAUCGUGAAAAACACUAGCCGACAGGAGUCAUAUGAAUCUGUGACGGAGAAAGACAACCCACAUUUUGGGAACCUGUUACAGAAUGGCUUUAGGGGGGCUGUAGGACCUCUUGACACACACCAUGCAGAUCACAGCAGCUUUUCUAAAGUUGAUAGCCUGUCCACAAAUGGAGACUGCUCCAAAAGUUCCUUAGAAAAAGGCCCGUCUCAAUACAAGGCCGAAAGACUGUCAUCGUUUGCAAAGUCGUUGCCCCAGUUUAGUCCUAUAUCCAGUCCAGAGUCUGAGGAUAUGCAGACCAAUGGUGUAGUUGAUGGCCCAAAGCAAACAGAGGCAACCUUUUACCCAGCUGGCUCCUUUUUUGCACCUGCAGACACCCCUGUGCCUGACAAUCAAAGAAGAAAACAGCCCUACAGCUUGAUUGACCAGUGCCAUGAUCAAGACCCCCUUAAUGAAACUGUGAAUGUUGUGAAGACAGGCAGCAUGUCCAACAGGGAGGACAUGAAAUUUGACUAUAGUGUGCAAGAUCGGCAAAAAACGGUGUCUGUUUGUGAUGCUACAGAUGUGCCCAUGAAGGACCACCAAAAUAACAUUGGUGAGAGAAAUAAGCAUCCUGUUUUUGAGACAAACACAACCUUAUCUCGGAAAAGUGUCAAACCGCCGUCCUCUAAAUUAUCCUCUUGCCUUGAGGCACUGGAAGCUCUGAAUGCCAGACAUGAUUCAAGUGAAGUAAUCAGUAGGGACAUGUCCAUGCCUCUAAAUGAAACGGUGAAGGCCAGCCCGAAAGUGCCCAUUUCACCGAGGAGCCCCUGCAGUCCUCUCGAAGUCGUGAAGCAGCGUCUGAGCAAACAACCCGACAGUCCCAUGAGCAUCUGCAGUGACAGCAGUGGUAAAGCCUCUCCCGCACUGGCGCCCAGCUCCUCUCCAGCCAUACCUAGAGUUAGAAUAAAGACCAUCAAGACCUCAUCUGGCCAGAUCAAGAGAACCGUUACCAGUGUUUUGCCUGACUCGGAGGCAGAAGACCUGAACUCCUCCAUUGAGUGGUCUCCAGCUCCUUCCUCUAUUGAAGAGUACCCGUCCAAGACAACACCCGUACACCCCUCCCCCGACGUGACCAGCGAUGUCAUGUUUGAAACGGAAAAGAACUGCUCCCCAAGGGCCCUUUCAACAGUGGCCCGGUUGACAAAAAGCAAGACGUCAGGGGGCUCCAAGAAGUCGUCCCUUUCACAGAACGCUGGUGGCAGUGCUAAAAGAACUACACAGGGACAGAAGCAAAGAAAGGGAUCCUCAAGCCAAGGAGGUGGUGCUCCGAACACUGGCUUCCUCCCUAAAGCCUUACACCUUGCUAACCUAAACUUAGUACCCCACAGUGUCGCUGCUUCUGUCGCCGCCAGGUCAUCCUCGCAAAGACAGGGCCAGUCCCAGCUGUCUUCCUCAGUGGUAUGCAGUGGCGUUCCUUUGGUUCACCAGGUUAAAAAGGCAGCCCCAAAUUCACGGGCUGUGCUUCCCAACACUGCUGCCAUGACACUGAACAGGUUGUUGAAUUACUCCAACCCUGUCCCGACGUACGUACCUAACCUAAACCCUCCACCCGAGUGCAAUGUCAGCCUGCCGGCUCACGGCUACAGCUGUGCCGAGUGUGGUGACUCUUUUGGGCUGCAGAAGAGCCUUGCGGGCCACUAUGGCCGGAAGAGCGUUCACAUCGAAGUGACUUGCACCCACUGCGCCAAGACGCUAGUUUUCUUCAACAAGUGCGCCUUGCUGGCUCACGCGCGAGAGCACAAGAACAAAGGCAUUGUGAUGCAGUGCACGCAGCUCUUCAUGAAGCCAAUUCCUGUCGACCAGAUGUUCUCUCCGUCCGGAGCAGAGCGCCAUCUGCCUGUAAGCUCACCGGCCUCUUCUUCUGCGCAGUCUGUCAGAAGCCAGCCAGUCAUGCCCCUCUAUCAAGACCGGAUCAUCCGCCACGGACUGAAAUGCCUGGAGUGCAACAAGCAGAUGUCUGAUUAUAAAGCGCUUGCAGGUCACUACCAGAGGUUAUCAGAGGAGAAUGAUGGACUGAUGUGCAAGGUGUGCACCAUGCUCUUGCCCAACAAGUGCAGCUUCAAGGCCCAUCAACGAAUCCAUACCCACAAGUCUCCCUACUGUUGCCCUGAAUGUGGAGCUGUUAGCCGUUCUGUGGACAUACAGAAACAUGUCAAGGAGAAUUGCCUUCACUACUGUCGGAAGGUUGGAUACAAGUGUAUCCAUUGUGAAAUGCUCUAUGUAUCAUUUACUGUUCUCAAGAGCCACAUUGAGGAGAAGCAUUGUGAAGUAUUCUACAAGUGCACCGCCUGCCCAGUUGCCUUCAAAACAUCUGAUGGCUGUGGGACCCACAUCAAGAAUAAGCAUAACGACAGCACAUUGUCUCCACAGAUAAUAUAUAAGUGUUGCUGUGAGACUGUUUUCAAGAAGAAGCAAUUGUUGUUUCAACACUUCAGUCAACGUGCCAAAAAGCUUGCUGCCUGUGUUUUCAAGUGCCCUGAAUGCACGGCGUUCUUUAUGCAGAAACAGCUGUUGGUGCAGCAUUUCAAGGACAUUCAUGGUGGAGUCUUCAGAGGAGAAGCAGCAAGAAGCACAAAACAAGUGGAGGCGAGUCCCCAGCGGCAGGAGCCCUCCAUUGCAGUGCCACAGCCGCGGGUCAGCCUCCCUGCCGACGUAGGACUCAAGAGGGAGAACCCGCCGGCGCGCAAGUCCAGCAGUGCCACUGGCGGCGGUAAGAAGAACGCCGGCUGGACGUGCGGAGAGUGCCUGCUCUGGCUGCCCGACAGGGACACCUACGUCACUCACAUGAAGACCAGUCAUGGCAAGUCAGUCAAAAGGCAUCCCUGUCGACAGUGUGAUCGGUCCUUCAAUUCCUCCAUGAGUCUCAGGCGACACAUUCGCAACGACCAUGACGGCAAGAAGAAAGUUUAUACAUGCUGGUAUUGCACAGACGAGAAGCUGACCUUCACCAAACACUUUAUGCUGAAGAACCAUAUCAGCCUGAUGCAUGGAAUCAAAAAUCCAGACUUUAGUCAGAUGUCCAAGGUGGCACCUCAGGAGACAAACAAGCCCUCAAGAGAGGCUGCAAAGAGAAGUGCCGAGGAGAUGCAGGUGGGGGGAAGUGCCGGUCCCCCCCAAGAUGGCUCCUCAGCAAAGCGCCCAAAGCCCCAGUUCCGCUGUUCCAAGUGUGGAUUCAGCACGCAUGACCAGGGUCUCUUCCUGGAGCACAUACCUCAACACAAGACCCACCCUGACACUCCCCAGUGCCGGAACUGCGGCCUCUGUUUCACCUCGCAGCUCGCUCUGAGUAGACACCUCUUCAUCGUCCACAAAGUCAAGGAGCCGGAGAAUAAGGAAGAGGAGGAGAAAGACAUGCAAAAUCACAAGCCUGAGGAGAAGGUACCGGAGGCGCUCAGUGCUGAAAAGCCAAUGGAGGGGGCACAGUCAUCGGAGGACAGCGCAUCCACAGUUACCCAGGAAACUACCCGAUUACAUUGUAACAAAUGCAGUGAGACUUUUGUUAAGGAGUCUUCAUAUGACCUCCACAUGCAGACUCAUGAAAUGAGUGGGGCAUCAUCGUCAGAUGGAGCAAAUUAACAUUGAGAGAGACUUCCAACCACCCAGAAGCUGCUACCAUCUUUUUCUUUUUCUGGAGUGAAGUGAUUACUUAAGAAACUUCUUUGCAAAGUAUGCAGCUACGAUAUGUGGUACUUAAAACGUGUUGCCUUACAGUAAAUGCAGAUGUCUAGUUUACUUAUGAACAGUUUUGUCAGAAGGAUAAUUUCAGUUCAAAAGGUGCACUGAAAAUGGUGCAGAUGAACACAGUUUAGUAUGAUGUGGAUGCAGUGAGUCCUGUGAGUUUUGUCUUUUGUAUUUUGACUUUUAUGUGUACAGAAUAUUGGUGUGUGUACAUGUGUAUAUACAUAAUCCUGUAUCUAUGUCUCCUUAGUGUGUGUUGAGGAUAAUCGUAAAUUAUUUUCUUUACAUUUACGUCCAUGAUUAUAAUACAUGUAUUUUGAAAUAUAGCAGAACAAAUGUUUUUGGUACAUAGCAACACAGCUGUCCAGGCGCAACAUUUUAUAUGAAUUGUAUAUUGUAAGAAACUAUUGGUCAGUCAUUGGGCACUUCAGAGACAGUUUUCAGGGUCACCAAAGAUCUGUCAUCAAAGAUAAUUUAGAAUGGAGGUUGAUUUCAUCAGAUAUGUAUCACGGGACUUUUGCCAUAGUUAUGUCGGCUUGUGCAAUUGGUAGCCAUAUUAUGUAUUGAAAGUUAUUGUUACUGACUUAAAGUAACAGAUUUAUUAUGUCCAAGUGUAGGUUAUUUAGAAUAAUGCAAUUUGCCCAUGAUGAAUACAGGAAUGAGAUUUAGCAGUAUUUGACUAUUUGGGAUGAGUGAUUCCCCAAAUUCUAACAUGGUGUCUCUAACCCAGGUAUUUGAUCUCAGAGAAAAUGUGUUUUUGUGCUCAUUCCAUAUUAGAAAAAGUUGUCUAUUCAAAUUGAGCCACUCACAAUCAAAAGUAGCACUUUUGCAGUUAGAUAUAGUAGAAUAGCUUUACAGUAGUUUUUUUGUUAUGCACAUCAUGCUUUAUUGUCCCAUUGUUCACCUUGAUGUUGGUGUUUUUAUGGGUAAUAUUCAGAAAUAUCAGUUUUAUUUUAUUCUUAGAGGCCUCAGUAGUUUGGGUUCAUCCUUGUGUGGUUUCGUUGAUGUUGACAUGCUGGUGUUGCAUUCAGUAUGUUGACAUAAACCGUAUGGUCCGCCUACUCUAAUCUACUUUUUUGGCUGAUUGUUGGGUUGUCAGUGAAGAAUCAUGUGGUGAACCAAGGCAGAAAUGUUGCUCUCUGUAACUGUAUGCUGUGUUGAAAACAAGAUUUACUAUUGAGGAUACAUGUAUGUGUGGUUCUGCAGUAUAUGUGAGUCCAUCUGGUAGUCCUGCCUCCAAGGUGUACUGCAGUGGUCUGAAUUUGAGUACAAGUUGUCUUGAGCAUUUAGACUGUUCUAGGGUAGUGGUAAAUGGAGUUAUUUUUAAGGAUAUGUUAUCUCCCAUACUACUCAAUUUUAUAAAUUACUUUGGAGAUGUAUAUUUAUGGUCACAUUGACUGCACAUUGUCAUUUCUUUUCUAUUUAAGUGUGUGUCUAUCUAUCAACCAUUGCCGUCAUCCCUAAGAACGUAGAUCAACUUUCUACAAAAUGACUCCCUUAAAUCUUUAACAUACUGUUUUUAUACUGCCCAAUAAGAGAAACUUUGUACUUUUGAUAAUAUACACAAUAAUAUCAAAGACUUCAAUCUAAUCCAUGUACAGCCGUAAUGCAAUCUCAAGGUCUGUCAUCGGAAGCUUUUCAUAAGCCAUCAUAUAUCUAUUUAACCUGCAUUGGUCAUUGAGCCUUGCUGGUAUGUUUACUUCAGAUUACUGCAAAUAAAACUCAUAUGUCUGUAA